AUUCAGUAAAGUACUCUUCUAUGCUAUAAAAACUGGCAAACUUUACUCAAACAAGGUUACGUAAGAAGUCUUCCUAGUUCAAGUGAUAACGCAUAUCUAAACAAAACAGAUGAGAAAUCUGAUUAAAGCACUCCAAAUUUCCCGAUCUUUUUCUACAUCAUUGAUUACGAGGCAAUCCAAUGGAUUUUCACUAAAUCUUACUAGUGAACAAUUGGAAAUUCGUAAUCUUGCUAGAAAGUUUAGUAGGGAAGAGAUCAUACCUAAGGCCGCGGAAUAUGAUAGAACAGGAGAGUAUCCUUGGCCAAUACUUCAAAAAGCAUGGGAUCUAGGAUUAACAAAUACUCAUAUACCAACUGAAUAUGGUGGACCCGGGCUGACCUUUAUGGAUGAUGUUAUUAUUGCCGAGGAAUUAUCUUACGGUUGUGCUGCAUGUGCAACAGCAAUUGGAGCCAGUCAAUUAGCUCAAACUCCAUUGAUUUUAGCUGGAAGUGACAAUCUUAAAAGAGAAUAUCUAGGAAGAUUAGUAGCCGAACCCGUCGUUGCCGCAUAUUGUGUUACCGAGCCAAGCGCAGGAUCAGAUGUAGCUAGUAUAAAAACUAAAGCGGUUAAAAAAGGGGACGAAUACGUCUUAAAUGGAUCUAAGAUGUGGAUAACAAAUGGGGGAGUUGCCAAUUGGUACUUUGUUUUAACUAAGACUGGUGACUCUGCCGCGAAUGGUUUUACAGCUUUUAUUGUUGAUGCUGAUUCACCUGGUUUAAGCCCCGGAAAAAAGGAAAUCAACAUGGGUCAGAGGGCUUCAGAUACGAGGGCGGUUUUCUUCGAGGACGUCGUGGUUCCGGCCAAGAACGUUAUUGGAAAAGAGGGAGAAGGCUUUAAAAUUGCUAUGGGAGUAUUCGACAGGACCAGACCGCCUGUAGCUGCGAUCGGUGUAGGCAUAGCUCAAAGAGCUUUGGAUGAAGCAACAAAAUAUUCUUUAGAGCGUAAGACUUUUGGUGAAGUUAUUGCUAAGCAUCAAGCUGUUCAGUUUAUGAUAGCCGAAAUGGCAAUUAACGUUGAGGCGGCUCGUCUUUUAACGUAUAAAGGAGCAUUCGAAUUAGAUAUAGGUUCAGGUCGAAGGAGUACCUAUUUUGCCUCAAUAUCUAAGGCAUUCGCUGCUGAUUUCGCAAAUAAAGCCGCUUCCGAUUGCGUUCAGAUAUUUGGAGGCAAUGGCUACAAUACAGAAUAUCCAGCUGAAAAGUUGAUGAGAGAUGCUAAAAUCUUACAGGUAAUUAGAAUGAAUAAUUUAAAUAAUUAAAUUGUUUUAAUUAAAUCUAUUCUAAUUUAUAUAAAUAACGUUAUAUUUUCAAAUUUGUUUUGUCCUUUAUUUCGUUCCAUUUCAUCUAUCUAUUUAUCUAUUGUAUCCUUUCUUAUUCCUAUCCUUUUUUACUAACUCUCCUCGCUUUUUUAUAUACUCCCUUUCUUUUUUUUGUUUUAAAAACAGAUUUACGAGGGUACCUCCCAAAUCCAGAGACUUAUUAUUGCAAGAGAAUUACUAAAACGUGCUGCGAGUGGUGAUAAAUAGAAAAAGUAAUAAUUUUUUUCCUAUGUUCUUUGAUACUUGAAGACCAAGGAAACGAUAUGACAACACACUAUGCUAAUUUCUCCUCGGUUAACUCUAUUUUUCAAUUUUUAGACUGGGGUACAGUUUAAUAAAUUAUGAUUAAUGAAAUGAAAUUUAGUAAAAUUUUAAAUCUCUAAGUUACUAAUUUACACUCUCUCUCUCUCUCUAUAUAUAUAUAUAUAUACUAUCUCUCUAUAUAUACUAAUAUAGAUCUAACUCUUGUGUUUGUUUUUACUCUUUUUCAUUCUAA